GCCGACAGGGUUUUGAUGCGCUGUGGCGGUGGCUUGCAAUAGCACUGUGACUGUGACUUGUGCUGAGGUUACUAGUUGACAUAAUAAAACACAACGACCGAAGAAGUGCCAUUUUAGUUCCUCUUUCUGCAUGUGACAAGUAGCCUGUAUUCGAGGGCGACUGACUCAGUGAGCACGGGUGUGGAGUUCAUUACUCAGCGUGAGUGAGUGAGAAACUUUGUGAGGAUAGUUGGAAUCAGUUCACCUGCUAUCCAGAGCGAAAUCAACAGCAGCAUAGCAAUCCCGGGCAAGAGCGUUGCUUCAGAAGUAUUACUAGUUGAAGGUGCUAGCAUCCUUCGUGUCGUGUCAGGCUUCCUGAGAGUAGUAGAGUUAUAGCUGUGGUCCUGCGCGCAUACUGGACAGUUCUUUCCAUCACAACUGUAGUCUGUACUGUAGUAGUCUGCUACUGUAGUGUGUCUGAAUAGCCGUGGAAUCUGUAAGGGGAUUUCUGCUAGUGCGUUGUGAUCAUAGUUCUCAGUAGUAGUGUAGGGUUGUGCCCGGCUCCCCCCGUUUUGCUCGUGCAUCGCCAGUCAUUUCGGAGUUGUAGCGUUGCGUUGCAGGUGCUUACUAGUAUCUCGCAGUGUUGCUUUGAAGUUCGCAUUCCCGACAGCCGCCAACAGAAGGUUUCAGAACCCGUAAGUAACUGUUGCUGCUGACUGUUCUGCAAGACAGAGACACGGAGAGGGAGAGGGAGAGAGCGCGGAGGUCACCCAGAGCUGCUGAUCUCUUCCUGUGCCAUUGCGUAGCGGCUGGACUGCACUGUGCGUUGGCCUGUCAGCUAACGACUACGUCGUUACCAGUGAUAGAGGCGAAGAGAGAACUAGGCUGGCUCCACUGCCACCAGGCUCGUUGCCGAUAUGCACCUUCAAGCUGGAUCCGAAAAAGGCAGCCCGCAUCGCCAAACCCUAGGAGGAAAAGUUGCCGAACGUCACGGCAUCAGCAAUGGCAGUAGCAGUAACAGUGAUGCUGAUGAUGGCUCUGUUUACCGUUUCAUGACAGCCAGUGCUUUUGUAGUGCGUAGACCUGGCAUUUGCUAUCCCCAGUUGGAGAAUACGACCUCGCCUCCGGAAGAACAGCACAUGCGACAGCCAUGCUUGAAGCCAGUAAUACUAGCUGGCAAGCGCAAGGCCAGUGACCCGCAAGCACUGCGCUAUGAUCACCAUGGUGCAUCUGUCGCCAGUGAUCCUGUGACAACAGCCAGCGUCGGUGGUGGCGGCUGCUGCACCAGCAAUCAUGACAGCCCUUCUAGCUCUACAUCUUGCAGUAGCCUAGACAUAGAAGCCCUGACUGCUAGUGCUAGCACUCUCCCAAGAGCAGCUCUCCCUUCCAGUGAUAGCAUUGUUCGUGAAGGUCACCAUGCCAGCCUCGCUCACUGUGGCAUCGGUAAGCCUGACCCAGUGCCACCAGUGAACAUCUAUGGCCCCCGUCCGGUCGAGGCGAGACUGACAGAUACCUCUUCCUGGUUUACUGCAGACAAAACUCUGAAAAAGUUACGGGACGUGCUCCAGGAAGACCACCGCAACAACAAUGAAGCUUCCGACACUGAUGGAGAAGGUGAAAGCCAGGUACCCCUGUCACAUUUCCAGAGUGAUGUAGUAUUGGACGGCGUCAGAGAGUCUAUGUGCUCGGAAACCUGUGUGGCAAGCUCUGAUGCGGAAAGUCAUGUACAUGUAGAUGAGCCAGAAUUGGCACAGUCCAGUUCUGGCAUGUCGGCUGAUUCUAGCGACGAGUGUGAUGUGCACUGCUACAUGUCCGGUCUCAGUUCUGAGGUGCAGCUCCUGAUCUGCCGCCAUAUGGAGGUGGAAGACUUAUCGAGGCUUGCGCAGACCUGCUGUUACUUUGCCAACCUAAUCCAAGAGGCAGAAUCAUUGUGGAAAUACCUGUGCAAGCGCGACUUCAACGUGCUAACCCGUGGCAAGAAUGCCUCUUACGCUGAUCUCUACAUUCUGUUCUACAAAGUGCACAAGCUGGCUGCUAGCACGUGUGCAGACCACCUGUACAAGGAGACGGACAUGCUGUGGCUUAUGGCUAGCUGCUGGGCCAAGUGCCCGGUCGAGCGCUGGGAAACGGUGGCGUCUAACAAGGUGCGCAUGCUGGGUCUCUCCCUGGACGAUAUGGACAGCUCCGCCAAGAUAGUGCCAACGGGACAGAUUGGCCAGGGCGGCCGCAUCGUCAAUCACUUCGCCUGGCGUGACGUGGUGGACGCAAUGAGAGCGCUGCAUAGUGGUAGCACGCUGGAGGUUCAAAAGUAUCUUAUUCGCCGAUGCCUGAACCAUCGCAUAACCAGCAGUGUGCACGACCGCUACGUACGUCAUCAGAUGGACCAGCGCGAGCACAGCCUGGUGAAGUACUUGGCCAUAGUACCAACACGGAAGAAUGUGUUGCUAGCUGGUCUGUAUCAGGGCGGUCUCAAGAGCCUACACUCCCAGAUCACACUACGUGACGAAGCGAUGUUCCUCAUCCACCCACUGCUGCGCAUGUAUCGCUGCGGUCACAUUCGUUUCGGUGCAAAAUCAGUCGCGCACUACGUCGACGCGUGCGACAUCAUACAACAGUAUGUGCUGAACAAGGUCUGGUGCCAGCGAGAGAGUAUGGAGAUUCGCGAUUACUCCAUGUGCCUAUGUUUGAUGCACAAGGAGCUGGCUCAGCAGCUGGAGACGCAAUCAGUGAGUAUCCCGGACAUGCUGGCCGUGGCGGAGAGCUACUACAAGCGCAUUGCUGCCGUCUGGAAGUGGCAGACUCAGCACGGUAUGGAGUACAUGUGGCACCAUCGGCCAUCCUGUGUCAUCACAGCUCAUGUAGCCUGCGGGAAAUAUCUGGAGUCGGGUGAGAUGGAAUACCUGGACACGCUGACCAGGUACUUUGAAACACGAGAGGCACUGGUCAAGCAACUGGACACCAUCAUGGAGAAGUUGGACGAGUGCAUACCCACUGACGAGAUCACAGUGCUCUACGUUGCCAUGGCAGCCAUGCCCAGGCCAGCCUUCCGGGCAUGCACCACCGGAGCAGCGCCGCGCAUGAACCCCCCGGGAAUGUUCACCUGCGCUCACGCUCACAGGCUGGAAAACGCCAUGCCAGGCAUGCUCGGCUACACUAACCAUCCACGAUGCAGGUGUAAUCAUGGUGCCGGCAACGGCGAACAGACAAUACUGACGCAGCUGCACAGGAUCUCCCACGCCCCGUGCCGGUAUCCCGACUGGGUCCAGGCACCGACGGACAUCGAGACGCUGCCGAGGCUCAACCUGCGAAGGUACAGGCCGUCGUUUAGCUCGUGGUGGGGACCAGUGGAGCCAGUGGGCUACAACGAGUAUCAGCGAACAACAAUGGGUUGGGAAUACCAAGAGUUGCUGCGACAGUGGCUGCGCGUGUCCGACACCGCACGCCGCACGGAGGUCUAUCAAGACGCGUACAACCUGGUGACGGGACUGCUGAAUGCAAAGAGCGGCGGAGAGGCUGCCAGUACUGCGAAGCUGAUCCAGUUUGUGUCCGUCCGGUACACGCACUGCUCCAUCAAGAUACAUCUCCGCCAGUGUGCCAUCCAGCGUGAGCUGCAAGCACUGCGCUUGAAUUACACGACUGACAGGUCCAGGGCGGCGACACCAGCCGCACCCAGCACUUUCGCGAAGCCCGUGGCAAUCCGCUUUCCCCAGCUUCAUACCUGUGCAAGCGUAGGUGCAUUGCCAUCGACAACGUUGAGACACCCAUGGUUCGUAUCACCGACUGGUGACUCAUUGCUGUGGCCACAGUCCGUGCCAGCAUCUGCCAUCGAUGGCCAGGCUAGCCAUGCGACGGCGGCAUUAAGGCGUGAAAUCGGCGUGCCAAACGUAACCCGUUCCACUCAUGCCACAGUGGCGACCAGCAGAGGGGCAAGAUUGGGCUUGGGCAGGAGCAUCUCGCAGUCCAAUCUAUCUAGUGCUGCUCACCUGGACCGGGAAGAGGAAGAGGAUACCGGCAGUUCUACUCACAAGCUGAGCGCUAAAAAAGGACCAGCACGAGCGGCUAGCCUUGGUCCUUCCCUCAUGAUGAGCUCAGAGCCCAGUCAUAACCGUGGCUUGAUUGCCAACACCAUGAUUGUGACGGGGUACACGCAUAUUGACCAAGACAUCCACCAGUAUUUCUGCCUAUGCCGCGAUGGUCAGCCGUGAGCAGCGAUUUUCCGUUCCUUUCCUGGCGUGGCUUGGAUAAAGGACAUUAUAAGGACGUUACUCGAGGUGUCGGCCAUUCUCUGUGGUCUGGUCACGCUGUGAAUCAAUCAUAAAAUUUAUAAGUUAAAAUGGAACUAAGUCUUAUUUAAUACCUCUGUGAAAUACUUGAGCAAAACAGUAUCGAAGCCCCACUCUGCCAUAGUUUAGGUUCACGUACUUUAAUAGCAAAGUUGAAUUCAUUCAUAUUUCGUUCAUGUCUAACUCAAAAUGCCUCGCUUUACUUUCGAAGUAUUCUUCAACUCUAAUUGAGAUGGCAGAAGUGCCUAUAUAUCAAAUGAAGUAAAAUGAAAACAAACAACAAACAGCAUCCAUUUUGCACACGUACACUGCUGUGUACAGAUGGCUUGCUUAUCCAGGAUAAUUUGACUGGACACGAACUGGUCCGGUCCUGGUUUUAGUGGUCCCCUGCUACAGGUUGCUUUAUCAGAGUGAUUCCUUUGACAGGUAUUGCUGUAGAACAGCAGACAGCGCACAGUGGUGCGCAGCAGUGCGAUAUUUCACACAAGGACAUGUACAAUGUAGCUAGGGCACUCUCAACGUAGGCUGCAGAACACCACCGCGGUUGACUCCAGCGCUAUUACUGGCCAAUAUUGUGAAUUCAAGCAGAGAACUCGAUGAUGAAGUACUAGGUACUCGUUUCUCGAGUAUUUACUCAACUCCCUAACACCCACUGGAAAUUGCCUGCAGUAAACACUGCAAAGCUAGAGUCAGCUCAACCGGGAAACGGACAGCGCAAACAGACAAAAGAGCAGUGAAAGGUUUUCUUUUUGUCAAAGGUGGUGAAACCAGCAGCACCAAAAAACCAACCCUACUUACACUCAGAUGCAUGAGGAGCAAGAAAGUAGAGAUACUGUAGAUCGUGUCUUUUUAA